UGUGACAGAAGGAGAAGGAGGAGAAGGAGAAGAGGAAGGGUGGGCGUAGUAGAGUCGCAACCAGCGGUUAAGGCAACAGGGCGUAGUGAACAACUUCAGCUCGACCCCUCCUCCUCCUUGUCCUUUUUUAGCUGUGGUACUCUUACUCCUCCUGCUGCUGCACCUACUUCUCCUCCCUCCCCCCUCCCUAUCCCCUCCCUCCCCCCUCCUUCUGCUAUCCUCCUGCCCUUACCCCUGCUUAUCCUUCACCUACUAAUAUUUUUCACUUGCCCUUGUUCCCGAACAACCUUUCAUCUCCCCUCUCCUAUCCCCUCUCCUCUUUCUUCUUGUCCUUUCUCACCAAUCGUCAAAGAACACAUCUGACGCCGGUGCCUUCCUUCCUCCACCUCCUCCUCCUCCUCCUGUGCUGCUCUUGUGUGUUCUUCACAGGGCCUCCUUCCUAGUAGGACUACAGCGGAGGACACAGCCGAACUCGAGGGUGGGGAUGAAGAUGUCGAACCCGACAAAGGUGCAGCGUCGCAUCUCGUCGGUGCAGACAAUGGCGAUGCCGUUCUUCUUGUUGCUGGCAAUCCUGCUGCAUGCGGCUGUGCGGGGAAACGCGCAAGGCGUUCCACGACCGGUUCGCAUCACGGCCGUCGUUGCCGCAGGCACCGGUUGUCGUGCUGCAACUGCUCGGCUGAGCCCCGGCGGGAGGUCUUUCAACGUGUCCUUCAGGGCAUUCCGGGCAUCGACCCCGGGAAGUCCUGUGAACCGGCGGAAAAACUGCCAGGCGGCCGUGGCUUUGUCCUACCCGGCUGGCUGGCAAGUGAGUGUGAGCUCGGUCACAGCAAGAGGGGCAGCUCGCCUCAGCCGGGGUGUUCAAGGCGCGGCCGCUGUUGGUUACUAUGUGUCGGGAUCGGCCGGGACGGCAAGAGCUCUGCGGAACAUCGUGGGCCCGUAUAAUCGGUGGUAUACUUUUACCAGUAGAUUGAGUCCAGUCAUUUUCACACCAUGUGGCGCGGGUGCCAAUAUCAACGUCAACGUCGAGGUCAGGGUGGUGCCAGGAAGGGCCGCACGUGCAUCUGGCGUUGUGAGUAUCGGACGUUCGCCAACCACCUUCGCCCUCACUUGGAAGAAGUGCUGAGCAGUGAGAGAGAAGUACGUGUCCCGUCCGACGCAGUCGAGACGAGACGAGGGUGUGCUGUGCGCAGGGGAAGAGACGGGUAGCCCGAGACUUUCUAGAGACGCAGAGCGCCUCCUCCGGGGUACACAUUGGAGAAAGACGAGUAAGAAGGGCAGAGUUGAAAAAGAUGAAAGAAAAUGGUCGCACUCGUCCCUUUUGUUCGAGGAGGAGGUGGACGGUACAUGGUGGCAAAUGCGAUCACAUGCAUUCACGAUAGCUUUCGACACGACGUCGUUGUGGUUCGCCUCGACCCCGUUAAGGGUGGGCAUGUGAAAACCACCGUGCGAUCGAUGGCUUGACUGGACACGUGGCAGUAACGUGGGACUGGAGAGAGAGAGAGAGAGAGAGAGGGAGAUAGAGAGAGAGAGCGCACGAGAGAGAGAGAGAGAGAGAGAGAGAGAGAGAGAGAGAGAGAGAGAGAGAGAGAGAGAGAGAGAGAGAGNAGAGAGAGAGAGCGCACGAGAGAGAGAGAGAGAGAGAGAGAGAGAGAGAGAGAGAGAGAGAGAGAGAGAGAGAGAGAGAGCAAGAAGGAUGGAAGCCUCGAGGAGGCGCAUUUCAACCACAAUCAUACCAGUCAGCGACGCGGAACGACUUCCUUCUCCGCAUCCAAAGAGUCGAAGACGCGCCAAAUUGCUCCGACUUGCGUGGCGGACUCCUUCAUCGUCAUAACUACUAUGCGUAUUCAUCUUCAAGAGCGCUUCCCACAUAGCACCUAGCAUAGCACCUCUCGUAAAUAGCACUUCGCAUACCAUCCUACCUCUUGAUCCGCCGCCGUGUGCAAGCUUCUUCGAUAGCCAGCCAGUCACAUUUGACUCUGCUCAUCACAUCGGAAAAUUUAAUUGCUUCAAUCAACCCAGCCCACUUCGUUUCCCACAUAGCACUCACAUAGCACUCACAUAGUACCUCGCAUAGCAUCACGCCCAGCACCUCACACGGUACUGACGUAGUAGCACUUGGCAUAGCUAAUCACAUAGAUGGCUACCCACAUAGCAACUCACAUAUUCACCUAGCAGCUGAGGUCACAUUGUCUAAUGCCAGCUCGUAUAACAGAUCACGUCGUUGCUUCCUAUCCUUUAGGUGAGGUCGGAGGUGCUGACCAAACGCUCUCAGAUUCCGGCACAAUGAGGGGGGGACACGGAUUAAGAUGAACAAAGAAAAAAAAAAAAGAGCAACUCGUUCAGAGGCGGAUAUACAUCAAGUGCGCCGUUCGGCUGGUGAAAGAGCGAUGGUGACGUUCUCAAUCAAAGAUACUGCUGUCGUCUCAAUCAAAGAUACUGUUGUCG